GUGGCGCUUAGCGACAGGUGGACAAGCGGCAGCUGGCUACACAACACGUUGACAGCAUCCAGAGCAGAAGAUGAAUGGAAUUAAUGGCCAUGAUGCAGAUAUUUCAGACUUCAGCCAUGCAAAGGGCCAGCACUUUCUAAUUGAGGCUUUCAAAGUUAUCUUCGAGGAGGCUAUUUGUAAAGCCACAGAUGUGAAUGAGAAGGUGUGUGAUUGGCAUGAUCCAGAGCAGUUGGAGGAGCUGCUGGAUUUGGAGCUGAGAGACAGUGGAGAGUCACAUGACCAGCUGCUGUCCAGAGUCCGAGAUGUCGCCAAAUACAGCGUCAAGACCAACCAUCCACGGUUCUUUAAUCAGCUAUUUUCUGGACUUGACUACCAUGCCCUGGCUGGUCGACUCCUGUCAGAAACUCUCAAUACAAGCCAAUACACAUAUGAGGUGGCCCCAGUGUUUGUUCUGAUGGAGCAUGUGGUUCUCACCAAACUCAUCUCAAUGGUGGGCUGGCCCAGUGGCGACGGCCUCUUCUGUCCAGGUGGCUCUAUGUCCAACAUGGUUGCCAUGAAUGUGGCACGUUACCAUGCCUUUCCUCAAAUGAAACAGCAAGGACUCUGGGCUCUGCCACGGCUUGCUGUCUUCACCUCUCAAGAAUGUCAUUAUUCUGUGAUGAAGGCAGCAGCAUUCCUUGGCAUAGGGACUGACAAUGUUUUUCAUGUGAAAACAGAUCAGAGUGGUUCCAUGGACCCACAAGACCUUGAAGUAAAAAUCAUGCUCGCCAGAUCACAGGGCGCAGUCCCUUUCUUUGUGACUGCAACAUCAGGCACAACUAUACGUGGAGCUUUUGAUCCCCUGGAAACUAUAGCCGACAUCUGUGAAAAGCAUUGCCUAUGGAUGCAUGUGGAUGCUGCUCAUGGCGGUAGUGUGCUCUUCUCGAAAAAACAUAAGCAUCUUGUGAAAGGAAUUGAAAGAGCCAACUCAGUGACUUGGAACCAACAUAAGAUGCUGACAACAGGUCUGCAGUGUUCUGCAUUCCUUGUUAGGGACACUGCGAAUCUGCUUCAAAAAUGUCAUUGUGCCAGUGCCACAUACUUGUUUCAACAAGAUAAGUUCUAUGACAUGAGCUUGGACACAGGCGACAAGACUAUCCAGUGUGGUCGAAAGGUGGACUGUCUGAAACUAUGGCUGAUGUGGAAAGCAGUUGGCACCAAAGGCCUUGCAGAGAGGGUAGAGAGAGCCCUUUCCCUGACAAGGUACCUUGCAGAGGCAAUCAAGAAAAGAGAGGGAUUUCAACUGUUGAGUGAGCCAACAUUUGUGAAUACUUGCUUUUGGUACAUACCACCCAGUCUGAGGGGGAAGGAGAACAGUGCCGAUUACCAAGACAGACUGUCAAAGGUGGCCCCAACCAUAAAGGAACAAAUGGUGAAGGAGGGAACAAUGAUGGUGGGAUAUCAACCAUUGAAUGGACAGGUCAACUUCUUCCGCAUGAUUGUCAUCUCUCCACAGACCUCUCAAAGAGACAUGGACUUUUGUCUUGAUGAAAUAGAGAGACUCGGGAAAGAUCUGUAACAUGAAUAUUUAAAACAGCACAUUAGCAACACACAUUAGCCUAAUGAUUGCACCUGGGUUUUCUUUUUUUGCCUGUUACUCUCACUCAAACUAAAACAAAAUGUUAUUACUAGGCCCCAGUAAUUACUAUUACUACUACUACUACUGCUAUUAUGUUUCAUUUAUAAGUAGCCUGGUGGUGUUUUUUGAUUUGCUUAAGCAGGGCCUAUGAGUCUAUGCUGAAAAAAAAUUAUGAGCCUCAACUCAGAAACAAUAAAAAUGAAAAAGAUGAUUUUGACUUUCUGAAAUAAAUUAGCCUAGGCUAUAAGGGCCCGAUUCGUCCGUCUGCACUUAACUGUAUGUACAUACUGCCACCGACUUGGUCGCCCUGUCAAGGACGCUUUUCAAAAAGUACGGAGAAGCUUUUGACAGUUUGCCCACUCUGACGUGGUAACAUUCUACGUUGCUUGUUGUUUGCCGCUGAACUGCGUCAUAGCUCAUUAGCAUAAAGUUGACUGACUUUCAACUUUCUGCUUGACGCUCAAGACGCCCAAAACACAACGCCGACAGAUUUGUAGCUUCUAGCAGCUGAGAGAAGCCGGCUUCCAUUGAAAAUGAAUGACUUCCUGAAUCUUUUGCAGCUCAAGUCGGCGGCGGUGUGUACGGUAACCUAGCAUUCAUGGGCAUCGGAAAAACCUUUUUCCCAGUGAAAACGUCAUCAUUCUGCAUCAUUCACAUCACGUAAUGUGUGAGUCAGAAACUGGGGCUAGAUUUUGCUAACAGAGUUGCCCAGUUAGGGGCU